UUUGCGUUGGUUUCUUUCUCUUGCAGAUGUUCAUGUUACCUCUCUCCAUCUCAUCCGAGCUAGUAACUUUGGAACAAAGCUUGGGUAAUCUGUCUGCAUUUCCUCCCAACUUUCUCUUCGGAACCGCCUCUUCUGCUUACCAGGUUUGCUGUUUCACCAUCUUCAGUCUGUAGCUAACAAUGAACCUCAGGAAAAGAUGCCAGAAUACCACCAUAAAAGUGUCAGAAAUAGAUAUAAUUAAAUGCUGAAAUGCAUCUGGUUUCUUUUCUUUUUCAAUCUUGGGUUUUUGGCAGUAUGAGGGUGGUUUUAUGAGUGAUGGUAAAGGUUUGAACAAUUGGGAUGUCUAUUCCCACAAACCAGGUAACGCAUCUCCCCCAUCUUUAUCAUCAUGGUCUCCCAUUCCAGAAACAUUUCCAAUUUGCAAAAGCUCAUUGAGCUGAAAUUAACCCUGAAUUUUUACAUGUUCACAAGAGUAAUUCCAUUUCCACUAAAAGAGACGAUGUGAUUGAUAUUGCAGGAAACAUGAUCGCUGAUGGAAGCAAUGGAGACAUUGCGGUGGAUCAUUACCAUCGGUAUUUGGUAAUGCCUAGCUACUCUGGGGUCCAUACUCCAAAAUCCACCCACUCCUUAUGAUUGUGACUAAUCAGAAUCACUAUUUAUACGUGCUGUUUACCUUUUUGGACUUUAGUUCAUUACCUAAUCAGAUAAUGUUUGGAAGACAUUGAUCUGAUGCAUUCACUUGGAGUCAACAGCUAUCGGUUCUCCAUUUCUUGGGCGAGAAUUUUACCUAAAGGGAGAUUCGGGAAAAUCAAUGAAGCGGGAAUCAACUUCUACAACAAACUGAUUGAUGCCCUCCUACUUAAAGGGAUUAAGCCACUUGUAACAUUGACGCACGUUGAUUUUCCUCAAGAACUUGAGGACAGAUAUGGAAGUUGGCUGAGCCCCGAAUCACAGGAGGAUUUUGCAUAUUUUGCAGACAUCUGCUUUAAGUCCUUUGGAGACCGGGUGAAGUAUUGGGUCACCUUCAACGAGCCUGAUUUCCAAGUCAAGUUUGCGUACCGUACAGGAAUAUUCCCACCGUCUCGUUGCUCCUGGCCCUUCGGGAAUUGUACCUAUGGUGAUUCAGAGACGGAGCCCUUCAUAGCAGCCCACAAUAUUAUCCUAGCACAUAUAGCAGCUGUUCAUAUUUACAGAACCAAAUACCAGGAAACGCAAGGAGGUAGCGUUGGAAUUGUCUUGCAUUGCUUUUGGUUUGAACCCAUCAGCAACUCUCUAGCUGACAAGCUAGCGGCUGAAAGAGCUCGAUCCUUCACUAUGAAGUGGUUCCUAGACCCAAUCAUAUUUGGAAGAUAUCCUCCAGAAAUGCAAAACAUUCUAGGAUCUAUUUUACCUGAAUUUUCGACAACUGAGAAGGAGAAGCUGAAGAAAGGAUUGGAUUUUAUUGGAGUUAACCACUACACGAGCUACUAUGUCAAGGACUGCAUGUUCUCUGUGUGUGAACCAGGAACAGGAACCUCAAAGACGGAAGGAUUUUGGGGGCAAAGUUCACAGAAAAAUGGCAUCCCUAUAGGGGAACUUACUGAUCUGGCUUGGCAGAACGUUUACCCUCAAGGAAUGGAGAAGAUUGUAACCUAUCUUAAAGAGACAUACCAUAACAUACCCAUGAUCAUUACAGAAAACGGAUAUGGAGAGGUGAGCAAAGCAAAUUCCACCACUGAAGAAUUUCUAUAUGAUGUCAAACGAGUUGAGUACUUGGCUGGAUACUUGGAUCAACUGUCAACAGCAAUCAGGAAAGGAGCAGAUGUGAGGGGCUACUUUGUCUGGUCUUUGCUGGACAACUUUGAAUGGAAUCUUGGAUAUACAGUACGGUUUGGACUUCACCAUGUUGACUAUAAGACCCUGAAGAGAACUCCCAAAUCGUCAGCAACUUGGUACAAAAAAUUCAUCUCGGAGCAUGGCCAAGCAAAAGACCAGAAACCGGGACAUGUUCAGAACCGCCCUUACUGCUAUUAGACUAUUCCUAGAUCUUUGCUCCAUUAAUGUCAAAAACUAAGGACAGGGUCAUUGGUGAUCAAACUGGGGGAAUAAAUUGUUCUCCAGGCUUGGCACUAUGAUAUUAUGGGCUAUGAAAUAUAUUUCUCCUUUUCCACUA